AUAUUUACUAUAAAUAUCUGAUUUCUCUCGACUUCGAAAAUCCAAAACGUCAAAAAAAAUAAAACAAAACACAAUUAAAAAUUAUUAUGAAGAGGAACGGCGAGACGAAACGGCGGAGGAACGUGGCGGAGGAAGCAGAGCAGGGAGGAGGAGGAGAAGAUCCAGCGAUGUGGGAGAAUCUUGACCGGAAUUUCAGACAAGUGCAAUCAGUUUUGGACAGAAACAGAUCACUGAUUCAACAAGUCAACGACAAUCACCAAUCGAGAAUGGCUGAUAACAUGUCGAAGAACGUUGCUUUGAUUCAAGAACUCAACGGAAACAUUUCCAAGGUUGUUAACAUGUAUUCUGAUCUCAAUACUAGUUUCUCAUCGGGGUUUCACGGUGGAAAGAACGGUCACGACGGUGGUGGUGCUGCCGGAACAAGAGCUUAAUGAACCCGAAUCAAAUUGUUUCUUCUUAGUUGGACCGGCCGGUUUGAGAAUUUUGAACCAGUCCGGUUCAAGCUAGGGAUGAUAAAAAAAAAAGUUAUUAUAUGUUAGUUUUUAUUGCAAUGAUGAUUGUUGUUAGAAUAAUCCGUGGGAACAAACCCAUCUAUUGGGUUAUUUUAAUUAUGGUUUUGAGUCUUUUUCAAUGUGUCUCUACUGCAAUUUCUCUAAUGAUAAUAAUAAGAAUUGGUAUUAGAUUACUUA